GGUUACACGUACACCUAGCUGUCCAAACAGCUGGCAAGAGUAGAUUUGAAAAGUAGCUAGAUUUUCUGAUGGCGGCUCGUGAGGGUGGUUUGGUUUUGAAAGAAGAGAUAUAUGCAGCGAAAAGAAGAAUAAUCAGAGAAAAUCCAGAAGCACCAGAAGGUAGUAGCCGGCAGAGCAAUGAUCAAGCAGAGCACAGUAUUGACAUCAAAGAAGAAGUUGGUAAUAAUGAGGAAUUCUUUGACUCCAUAGUCAAUCCUGAAUUAGACAACAACAACCUGCCGUGGCCCAAGAUACCAAAGGUUGCGGACGCGCUUCGUAAUAUCGAAUCACACGAGGGUUGUUAUGAUCAUGUGGUGGUUUCCAUCGGGCCCUAUCAUCAUGAGAAACCUCAUCUCCUGGUGAAUGAGAAGCUCAAGCUUAAAUGGGCAAAGCAAUUUGUUGCGGACAUGUUUCCUGAUAAGGAACAGAUCAAGAUGCCUGGCCUGCUGAAGGAGAAAGUCAACGAAGUGUACAAGGAAGUUGAGAACGUAGAGGAUGCAGCAAGGACAUACUACGAUAGUGAUCACACGAAGAAAUUCAGCAAGAAGGAAUUCACAGAAAUGAUGUUCCUUGAUGGUUGCUUCAUUCUACAUUUCAUCUAUAUGCAUAGCGAAAAGCCCGAUGAAAUGGGGAUGAAAAGCCUUAUCAUAGCUCUUGUCCGGCAAGACUUGUUUCUGUUGGAGAACCAACUCCCUUACAUUGUCCUCGAGAGUUUGAUGAGGAAGAGGUUUGAGGAGGCCGAUACUAAAGCCAAAGAAAGGGGCACCAUCGGCAAGGCGGAGGCCAAAAAUAAAGCCGAAGUAAAUGGCAUCAACAACAAUUACAUCAAGAAGUUCAUCGAGGUCAUCCGGGGUGAUCAACCCCAUACACCACGAUUACCCUUUCAUGACAUCUGCUGUUUCCGAAACCACAAACGAGUUACUGUAACUGAAAAUAAUGUAUCCGUACAUCAUCUUCUUCACCUAUUGAGGGAAAAUUUUGCGGGUUCAAAAAAGGAGGAAACAGUUCCCAUCAAGAACAACUGUUGGCAAUCAUUCCGUUCAGCCAAAGAACUGAAGAAUGCGGGAAGUAAAGAUCCUUUCAAGAUCAACAGUUGGCAUUCAUUCCGUUCAGCCAAAGAACUGAAGAAUGCGGGAAUCAAAUUCAAGCCCAACAGCAAUGGUAAAUUUAGCGAUGUUCGUUUUGAAUCUUGCCUCUGGCUGUCGGGAAAGCUCAUACUUCCUCCAUUAAUCGUCGAUGACUCCACAAAAUCCAUGCUGCUAAACUUGGUGGCCAUGGAGACAUGCUCUGAUCACGGCCCUGAAGAUUUCUGGGUAACAUCUUAUAUAUGCUUGAUGGACCUUUUGUUGGAUACUGUCGAAGAUGUGAUUGUACUGAGAAAUCAUAACAUUCUCAUGAACUGUCUAGGCAGCGACCAACAGGUGGCUGACCUUUUUAACGAGAUUUCUAAGAACUUGGUUCCACAUCCUAAAGCUUAUUCUACUAUUAAAGCCGGCAUUGAGGCGCAUUACAAGAACUGGUGCAAGAUUUGGGUGGCUGAAUGGAUUAACACCCAUUUUAGUAGCCCUUGGACUGUUCUUGCUUUCCUGGGUGCAAUUUUGGCCAUCGUUCUAAGUUUCAUUCAGACCUAUGUAGCAAUAAAACCAGACAAAAAUGGUCCAUAAUGCCAUGAAUGGUAAACUAUAUAUAUAUAUAUAUAUAUAUCGCAGCAAACCCACCCAAAUAAUGCCAAUGCAUGCAUGUUAAAUUUUUAAAAUAUAUAUUUGUUUCUUAUAUAUUUACAUAUAUGUGGAUUUGG